UUCAGAAGUAGGCACCCAGCAGGCAAAUAUUUGCCAAACAAAGUAUUAAAAUGGUGAAAACUGAAAAGAAUGACUCGUUUCUGUUCGGACAAAUUUGCCACAUCAAAUGCUGACAUGGAAAGCUUUUGGAUGCCCACCUAAGCAACCUACCAGAGAGAGAGAGAGAUUGAGUAGAAAACAAGCAAAAUAAAAGGGCAGAAAAACCACACUUUUUUUUUUCUCUCGUGUCAAGCAAGCAUAUAUGCCAAGUAGAAGUAUGGAGAGAAAGAAGAUAGACUAAAGCCCCAAAACAGCUCUCCCUAACACACUCCCCUUCGUAUCUUUGAUCCACUAACACGUUUCUUCAUUGACACAUCUGUUGCAAGGUGUCCAUGAAUUAAAAAAGCUUGCCUAAAGAAUCAAGUCUUGUGCUAAAAUAUACUCGGAGCACCCCACUUUAUGGCCGGCCUCUUGUUCCCCACUUCUCUUUUCUAUUUUUUUUAAACAUGCUUCAGCCAUUGCCAUGCUGCUUAUAUGCACCCCAAGUGUUUACAUUGUGGUUUCAGAGGACUCUUCUCAGUGUUCGAACUUCAAACUUCAGGGGGGGCUUGCUGCUUACAGCUUACUGGGUGAUUGGAACAGAAGAAUUUCUCCUUGUUCAAAGCUUUCAUCACAAUUGGCUCCCUUCCUUUCUCUAUGAGUCCAAGAAGACAUUGUUUGAUACUCUGCACUCUUCUUCUCUGCUUUUCCAUCACAGCCACCCUCUUCACUCUCUGUGAUGCUAGAAGAUCAAGGCAACUGUUGAAGCUUGAAGGGUCUGCUCCUGCACGCCCAAGAAAUCCAAUCCUGGAAGCAAUAAAGAAGCUGAAGCUGUCAAAGCAUUUGGACUACUUGAAUGAAGCCUCAGAUCCCUCCAGUUCUCAAACCUAUGAUGUGGGUUCUCCAUUCAACCUGCCACCAUUUGAUUCUUUGGCUCCAAUGCCAUUGCCAGAGAAUGCCCCUCCCUUCUGUGUUUAUCCCCCAUUUACCCCCCUACCUCCUUCCACAAUCAUACCCACCCCAACCAUCUAUUCACAACCACCCCCUCCACCACCUUCUUACAUGAUCCCCAUUUUCCCCAUCCAAAGCCCACCUCCAGGCCCACCUGCCACCGUCCCCAUCCCCAUCCCACCAGAAUCUCAAAGUCCACCAGUCUAUGUUCCUAGUCCCCCAGAAUAUGGGACCACUCCCCCUAGCCCCAUCUACAUCCCAAGCCCACCUUCAGAGUCUUCCCCUAGCCCACCCGAGACAGUGCCCAAUCCACCAGAAUUUGGGCCAAGCCCACCUGAAUACGUGCCAAGCCCAUCUAUCUUUGUUCCUAGUCCCACGGUUUUUCUCCCACCAGUUGUCUUCCCUCCACCAUCCGUGCCACCACCACCCUCCAGUGGCGGAGCCACUUUCCCAAGGUGGUGCGUCGCCAAGCCCUCCGUCCCUGAUCCGAUCAUUCAAGAAGCCAUGAAUUAUGCUUGUGGAUCUGGAGCUGAUUGUGAGUCAAUUCAGCCCAAUGGAUCAUGCUUCCACCCAGAUACAUUGUUCGCCCACGCUUCCUAUGCUUUUAAUAGUUACUGGCAAAAGACUAAACUCGCCGGAGGCACCUGUGACUUCGGAGGGACGGCCAUGCUUAUCACAGUUGAUCCCAGCUUUGAUGGGUGCCAUUUCCUCAACGACUGAAUAUUGAUUACCCAGCAACCGUCCAUCCAAAGCAGCUAUAAAUGAAAGGGGAUAGCCGGAGGGCAUGGUCCAUUGCUCCGGGGGUUACAUGAAUAAGACCAUGUAGUAGAGAGAGGGCUCUCUUUUCCUGUUUUCUUCUUGUUGAUCAGUGACCUUAAUAUGAAUUUUGCAGGCUGAGGCACUAAAUUUAUUAUUAUUUCAUUAGGUUGGUUCGAUACAGUUUCUGGUUAUUAGGAUUUUAGCUUUACAUACUUGUAAUCUUCUUCUUCUUCUCUUCUUCCUUGUGUUUCUUCUGUUUCUGCUUCUAUGCAUGGGACUUUACCUCUCUCUGUUUUCAUGAAAUGUAAAAAAUGCAUUGGAAUAAUUUCUGAAUA